GCCAACAUCCAAACGAAGCCGAUUGAGGACUUCGAGUCUUUGGCGAAGCCGCGUCGGCACAAGUAUGCCUUUACCUACACCAUCAUGGCCUCCAUGACCUCCCUUUUGCUAGGUUAUGAUAUAGGAGUGAUGAGCAAUGUGGAAGUAUACAUGGGGGACCAAAGCAUCACCGACGAGAAUGUUGAGUUCCUCAUGGGGAUUACUAAAGUGAUAUCACUCCUUGGGUCAGCGAUGGCGUGUUGGACCUCCAACAGGAUUGGCCAUCGUCGCACGAUUAUCUUGGCAGGGGCCUUCUUCUUCAUCGGCUUCCUCCUCAUGGGUAUCCGCCCCGGCUACUUCUAUCUCUUGUUGGGCCGCCUUUUCGUCAAUAUUGGUGUCGGCUACGCCCUCAUGAUCGGCCCUGUCUACGUCGCCGAGAUCUCUCCUGCCUUCUCCCGCGGCUUCCUCACCUCCUUGCCCGAGGCAUUCAUCAACCUCGGCACCCUCCUCGGCUACAUCUCCCACUAUGUCUUCUCCAAGUUCCGCCAGGACCUCGGGUGGCGUGUCAUGCUCUACGUGGGAGCAAUCCCCUUGGUCCUGCUCACCUUUGGGGUCCUCAUCAUGCCAGAAUCCCCUCGGUGGCUCAUCAUGCAAGGCCGCCUGGGCGACGCGAAACGCGUCCUUGUCAGGAUCUCCGACUUCGAGGAGGAGGCCACACUCCGGCUUGCCGAGAUUAAGGAGGCUGCCGGCAUUCCUGAGGCGUGCAACGACGACGUUGUCAAGGUCACCAAGCAAAGUACCGGAGAGGGCAGAUGGAGGAGCUCGUCUGUCUACCACAUGCUCCUCUGCGCCGUUGGGAUGCACUUCUUCCAACAAGCCUCUGGCAUUGACACCAUCCUCCUCUACAGUCCUUGCAUUUUCGAGAAGGCUGGCAUCACCUCCCAUAAUGCAAAGCUCCUUAUGACCAUUGCAGUCGACUUUGUGAAGACCAUGUUCAUCCUCGUUGCCACCUUCCUCCUUGACCGGGCCGGGCGGCGGCCGUUGCUGCUGAGCAGCAUUGGCGGGAUGAUCUUCUCACUGGCCUCCCUCGGAACGUGCCUCACCGUCAUUGACCACAGCCACGCGAAGGUCAAGUGGGCGAUGGCCAUGUGCAUCACCUCGGUGCUGUCCUACGUGGCCUUCUUCUCCAUCGGGAUGGGGCCGAUCACAUUACUGUAUAGCUCGGAGAUCUUCCCGUUGAGGCUGCGUGUGCAGGGGUGCGCAAUCGGCGUAGCCGUGAACCAGGUGGUAAGUGGAUUAUUAUCGAUGAAGUUCAUAUUGGUGUACAGGGCGAUCACCCUUGGCGGGGUCGCCUUCAUGUUUUCGGCAAUUGCGAGCGUGGCGUGGCUGUACUUCUACAUGCUGAUGCCGGAGACCAAGGGGCGGACAUUGGAGGAGAUGGGACAUUUGUUUGGUAAAUACACCCGGUGGAGGUCCACGGCAAGGGAGAUGGAGAUGAAAAGGAACAAUGACGCGACCGAGACAGCAACGAGGGGCAAUAAUGCAUGA